AUGGAUGCUGUAACAGCGAUAGUCUCUCGGGAGCCAGACCAGCCUCUGGCCUUGAACUGGUCACUCGAACAAGUCGAGGUACGUCCACCUGGCGAUGACGAGGUGCUGGUGCAGAUCCACGCCUCAGGGAUAUGCCAUACAGACAUUGUCCUAUCAGCUGUGCCUAGUGGUACGCUCGGUAUUGAAUAUCCCAAGGUAGUUGGACAUGAAGGCGCCGGUAUUGUCCUGACGGUUGGCAAGAAUGUACACUCAGUCGAAGCUGGAGAUCCUGUUCUUCUCUCCUUCUCCUCCUGCUCUGCCUGUGUACAGUGCCUGGCUUCCCACCCCGCAUACUGUGAUUCUUUUGCGUCGAGGAAUUAUGUCGGUCAGCAGGGAUCAAUGAGAAGUAAGAAUGAUAGAAAACCUCUCUGGUCACAAUUCUUUGGUCAAUCUAGCUUUGCGCAGUACAGUGCCGUCCACAAAUCUACCGUCGUCAAUGCCAAAGCUCUUAUCCGCGAUCCCAGUGAGCUGAAACUCUUUGCUCCUCUAGGCUGUGGCUUUCAGACUGGAAUGGGGGCUGUUCAAAACAUCACGCAGGCAAGCCCAAAUGAUGUUGUGAUGAUCUCGGGCUUGGGUGCGGUCGGUAUGGGGGCACUCAUGACUGCCAAAAUCAUUGGAUGCAAAACUAUCAUUGCAGUUGAUCGUAUGAAAUCUCGUCUUGAGCUGGCCAAAGAUAUUGGUGCGACACACGCCAUCGAUACCAGCGAUUCAAACUUUUCUACGCUAGACAGCGCAGUCCGGAGCAUCGUUCCCACGGGGACAUCCAUCGCGAUAGACACCACUGGAGUGCCUUUUAUAAUCGAGCAGAGUAUUCAAUCGACCCAUGCCCGUGGAAAAGUGGUCUACAUCGGCAUACCUCCGCUGGAUUUUACCCUCAACAUAAAUCUUGGGGAACACAUUAACGCUAUUCCACAGAUGAUCCAGUGGUACCGAGAAGGGAAAUUCCCCUUAGAUCGUUUCGUGCAGUAUUUUGAGGUGCGCUAUCACUGUCUAAAACUUGGGCAGUCUACUGACCUAAAAGAACAGGCAACGGAUUAUCCAAAGGCCCUCGCCGGCUUGGAAGAUGGAAGAGUUAUCAAACCAGUACUCGUUUGGAGCCACUAG